AUGCAGGACCCCUCGCAAACACAGAAUUACCUUAGCAACGAUGUGGCAACCAGUGCGCGUCAGUCAACAAACAAUGACGCGAACUUGCGCGCAAAACCUCUGAAUCGCCUCUCAAUCAACACCGCCGCAAACACGCCGCUACCCCAAUCCCCAGGCCUAAAUACACCCCGCAGACCCUCUGAACUCAGGCGCAUGCCGUCUUCCCCGGGACUUACCCCUGGUUCCAUAUGCAGAAGCCCUAGCGCUGCGAGCCUCAAUCGUUCAAACUCCCCCGCCUUGGGAAGGAAAUCUUCCAGUUCCUCACUUCGUGGGGAUACGCCUGGUACUCCCCGAGCGCCCCCGUCACGUCGCUCUUCAUACAAUCCCAGUAUGCCGUCGCCAAUUGGAGUCAAAUCUCCCCUUCCACCGCCCGUCGAAGAGAAACCCCCGCUACGAGCCUGCGACGUAGCAGAAAAAUACUUCGAGAAGGAGCUGGCUUUCCAUGAGGGUAUCGGCGGGUCUAGGAAUGCGGGAACCAUCGUCAUCAUACAUGAUCAAUGCUAUGGACAUCGUUAUUCGAGACAGAAGACCAGUAAGGGUGCCCUCAGCCAGAUUGUGGAAAGGCCAGAGCGAAUGCUCGCCAUUGUCCUGGGAAUCUCUGCUGCAUAUGUUUGGCUCGGCGACCGCCACGCUGAAGGAGCCAACCCACCACACCCCGAGCAUGCGCCGCCGGAGCGCAUCCCUUUCAAGAUUCGCAAGACCUCUCGGAUGGUCGAUCUCCUGUCUCCUGCCGUCACCAACGUGCAUGGCACCAAAUGGAUGGAGGAACUGAAGGAGAUGUGUGCAAGGGCGGAACACAAGCUUGCGACUACUGGAAGAGAGUUGGCAAGAGAGCAUGGAUCUCUCAUCCCGGGACAACCACCAAAGCCCGAGUUUCACGAGACGGAUCUGUAUCUGUGCCCGGAGUCUUUGAAUGCAUUCCAAGGUGCUCUAGGAGGCGUACUAGAUGCUGUCGAUGCAGUUUUUCAUGGCACCAAUAUGGGCACUGGACCUUCCCGCGCAUUCGUCUGUGUCCGACCGCCAGGCCAUCACUGUUCAGCUGAUUACCCCUCAGGGUUCUGUUGGCUCAACAACGUGCAUGUCGGCAUCGACCAUGCUAUGACCCAGCACGGCCUCACACAUGCUGCCAUUGUGGACUUCGAUCUACACCACGGUGACGGCUCACAAGCCAUUACUUGGGAGCGCAACAAGAAGGUUCAGGGCAUGCACAAGAACACUCCCAACUGGAAGAAAACCUCCAUCGGAUACUUCAGUAUUCACGAUAUCAACUCGUACCCAUGCGAGAACGGCGACGAUGAUAAGAUUCAAGCAGCUAGUCUUUGUAUGGAUGCUGCUCACGGGCAAUCAAUUUGGAAUGUCCAUCUUGAGGUUUGGAGCACCGUAGAAGAGUUCUGGAAGAUCUACGAGGAGAAAUACAUGCGACUUCUCGAUAAAGUUCGGCAAUACCUAAAGCACCACUCCAAACGACUCCAGACCUCGCCAAAUCAUCCCAAACCCAAAGCUGCUAUCUUCAUAUCUGCCGGCUUCGAUGCCAGUGAGUGGGAGGGCUCGGGAAUGCAACGCCACGCCGUGAACGUCCCUACAGAAUUUUACGCCCGAUUCACUCGCGAUAUCGUCCGAAUUGCUGAAGAAGAUGGAACUGGUGUCGAUGGUCGAGUCAUUUCGGUGCUUGAGGGUGGUUACAGUGACCGAGCUUUGGCCAGUGGAGCACUCAGUCAUAUCAGUGGUCUUACUGAGGGCCAGAUCUUCCAAGAUAGCACGCCUUCUAGGGGUCUUGCAACGGACAUGUAUCAGCGUCUGGCGGCAUUGUCGGUUUCGGAUGACAAAGUUAAGGAAGAGCCCGUCGACGUUGAACUGAAGCCGGUGUCAUACAACCCAGCUUGGUGGCACGAGUCAAGAUUGUACGAGCUGGAGAACUUGGUCAAUCCUGCUCCUGUUAUGCCGAAGAAACCAGCACGAACUGGGCCGCCACCCAACUUCUCGUCCCCAACUCAGUCGUUCGUAGCUAAGGUGGUUGAUCCUGCCAAGGUUUACCGCAGUGUAUCCACAAAAUACAGUUCCGCUUCCCCUUCUAGGGCACCUACGCCUCCACCGCCAGAUGUCGACUGGGCAACUGCCGCUCAUGGGCUGAGCAAACUCCUGAUACCGUCUGAUAGACAGACACAAAGCCACAGGCCAGAGGACUUGGCCGAGGUCAAGGUCAAGAAAGAGAAACCACCACCCGUCUUAGCCUCAGUGCAUGUCGACCCCUCAGGACGACAGCUACGAGGUCGAAAGCCACCGACCGCCACGGAUGCCAAUACUGGGUCGGACGAAGAUAAGGCAUCUUCGCGAGCGGCUUCAAGGGCAAAUCGACGAAGGACCAUUGCUGAUUUCGCAAUUGCAACCUCUGAGCCUCCCGCUCCAACACGGAAGGUAUCAAGGCGAAUGAGCAUUGCUUCCAGCGUUGGAUCUGUCAACGAGGAUAGGAGCCUCAGUCGCAGCUCUAGCGUUGUUCCUGGAAGGAGGACAGUAACACCAGCACCACCCACUACAAAUGGCGUUCCAGUGAAGAAGGCGAGAGGGACUGUCACGGCUGCUUCCCGCACCACUAAGAAUCCACCCCCGGUGCCUCGAGUGCCAUCCAACUACUUGAAUAAGCCUGCCGCUCCCAAGGAAAAGGAGAAUGAUAUGGACCAGCUCACUUCU